AUGGUUCCCCAGUUGCCGUUUCAUUUAUCGGGUAUCCUACUUGCAGUUAUCGGAGCUUGCAGUUAUCGCGCGGGCACUGUAUUUGCUUUGUGUGUGAGGGAGCGGUUUGGCCUUAAUCUUUGUAUAACGCAUUUCGGUUGUUUGGGCAGAGCAUCAACAUCUUCAUCCGCUGUUUCGCAGCGUAUGAGUGUUGACAAAGCAGAAAUCGACAUGGGCCGCCGACGGGAUGUGGAACACAAAUGCGAUGUAUGCGGGCGCGGGUUCUCUAUGAGCGGGCAUUUGACACGUCACAAAGCAGUGCACACUGGAGACCGCCCCUACAUGUGCAGCGCUGAAGGAUGCGACAAAUCCUACGCGCGAAAAGACAACUUGCAUCGCCACGAGCUUUCCGCACAUUCCCGCAAUCAAUGGGAGUACGAGUGCGAUGUAUCUGCCUGCUGCAAGAAGUUUCCCACAGCGAACAAGCUCAAACGCCAUCGCGAUCUCCACGAUAGACCAACUCCGUACGAAUGCGAUGACUGUGGACAAUCGUUUAGGAAGAAGCGGCAGCUAGCUACGCACCGUUCGUUACACACUGGGAAGCUUCCUUACCCGUGCACUGAAGAUGGGUGUGAAAGGGUGUUUGCGACACCGUCGAAACUGCGAAAGCAUCUGCUUUGGCAUAGCUGGGGGGAUGACAGAUAUGUGUGUCUUGAAGGCAAUUGUGCGGGAAAGGAGUCUUUUGACAAAUUUUCUCAACUGCAGAAGCACAUGAAGGCUGUACAUCCCCCUAGCCCGAAGGAAUGCGAGGAGUGCGGUCGUCGAUUUCGAACAUCAUCUGGGUUAAAAAAACACAUGCAGACGCACGAGAGUGUGGCGGCAGAUAGGAAGAGGUUUGAAUGUGAAUUUGCAAGUUGCAUCGCUGCUUUCACUUCACGUUCAAAUCUUCGGUCACAUAUUCGCAGCAAACAUACCCAACCGAACGCAUUUGGCUGUCCAAUUUGCGGACAAAGUUUUUCAUAUUUAGUGGUCUUGCAGAGACACAUGCGCUCAAUACACAAUGUCAACCCUGCCGCUUCGCGUCGUCGAGGAGCGGCUGAUACUCGAAGCGAUGCAUGCAGGAGUACCUCUCGGUCGCACACCGCACAGAGGAGAAUAGAGCAUGGAGCGGACCAAAGUGCCCAGCAUGUCGAGGAAGAAAAUUUGAACAGCGAAACUGCUGAUGAAUCUGCAUGCAGCAAAUUUGAAAUUUUGGCUGGCGGUGCUACUGUUGAACCAGCAGAUGGAUCAGUUGGGGCAUCCGAAAAGGCAUUGAACAGACGCAAACGCGGGGCGGACAAACGGACUCCGACCGGACAACGAUGCCCGAAGCGUCUGCGAUAUAUACCUGACCCGAGCCGACCGAUGCUCUGUGCAGGACCACUGCAGCUUGAUCAAGUAAGCACUGCUUCAAUGCGGCCCACACUUGGAGACAACUCUACUUACAGCAAUGACGAAAGAGAAAUGCCCUCGAAGGAGAAGGCCCCAAGCCAGAAACGUUCUUUUAAACCGACACGUCCAGAAGGUAAGGUAACUAGCAUUUCGCGACACUCUGAAGAGUGCGAAGGGGUUGAUGACCUAAGCUUUUUCAAUAGGAAGGACUCAAAUGAACGCCCGCGAAAAGAGGGUCUCGUGUGCUGCAACUAA